UGCUCCCUCUGCUUUUCCCCCUCACCAAGCCCCUGGCUCCCUCUCCCCCCACCCCCACGGAAAGUCCCCGCUGUUUCUUCUCCACCCCCGCCCACUUCAAGGUGCCGCCCCACACCCAGCCCCGAGCACUAAGGUGGUUCUCAAGGCAGGGAUGGGUGAAGCCUGAGCUCUUCCACCUGCCUGGUGGCCACUCACAGAACCCCUCCCGCAGGGCCCCUGCGGCCACAGCUGCUGGCAUUUCCAAAGGAGCUGCUUCCUGUACUACCUGGUCCUAAAACACCGUGACAUCCCCAUUUGACAGCUGCAGACAGGAGCCACAGAGGGGAGGGCGGGCUCACAGCCCACGUCCUGACCCCUGGGCCAUGGCUGUCAGUCCUAAUGCUACACCCUUUUGACAGAGGGGGAGACUGAGGCUCUGAGUGGCAAGUGAAGGGGCAAGUGGAACCAUGGGAGGCCCCAUAGGACAUGGCGUCACCUGAUGGAGAGGGACCUGGAGGGGAAAAUUGGCCUGGCCCAGGGACUGUAGCCCCUCUGUCCCCAGGCCGCAGGAAUCAAGGCAGCAUGGGGGAGGGUAGAAACAACGGCUCCGGUGAUCAGGGACGGGGGCGGCCGAGGGACAUUCCCCACUGUCGCCACGGUUACCUGAGCAUCUAUUUCUGGCUUCCAAACCACCCCAGAACUAUCUGGGGCAAAAGGAAGAAGAGACUGAGCGACUUCCUCGACCCCCUUUCUCCAACCUCAACUAGACUGAGUAUCUGACUCUGUGACUCCAGAAAACCAGUUUCAUUUCCCUUGGCCAAUUUCCCAAAAGGAGGGGUGGGCGGGGCUCUGCCAGUUGAAGGGGAGAGAAAGGGCCACAGCAGAGACAGUGGAGGGCGGAGGAGAGGAUCGCGCGGUGCUGCUGUCACCAAGAGCCGGAGGCGCCAUCUCCCACCGACAGUCAUGGCCCCGCUGGUCCUGCGCCUCCUCGUCCUCGUCCUCAUCCUCCUCAGCCUGGCAGCCUCCCAGGACUGGAAGACUGAACGCAGCCAGGACCCCUUCGAGAAAUGCAUGCACGAUCCUGACUACGAGCAGCUGCUCAAGGUGGUGACCCUGGGCCUCGAUCGGACCCUCAAGCCCCAGAGGGUGAUUGUGGUUGGCGCUGGCGUGGCUGGGCUGGUGGCCGCCAAGGUGCUCAGCGAUGCCGGACACAAGGUCACCAUCCUAGAGGCAGAUAACAGGAUCGGGGGCCGAAUCUUCACCUACCGGGACCGGAACACAGGCUGGAUUGGGGAGCUGGGAGCCAUGCGCAUGCCCAGCUCCCACAGGAUCCUCCAUAGGCUCUGCCAGGUCCUGGGGCUCAACCUCACCAAGUUCACCCAGUAUGACGAGAACACGUGGACGGAGGUGCACGAGGUGAAGCUGCGCAACUACAUGGUGGAGAAGCUGCCUGAGCAGCUGGGCUAUGCCCUGCGGCCCCAGGAAAAGGGCCACUCCCCUGAAGACAUCUACCAGAUGGCUCUCAACCAGGCCCUCAAAGACCUGAAGAUGCUGGGCUGCAGAAAGGCAAUGAAGAAGUUUGAAAGGCACACGCUCUUGGAAUACCUCCUCGGGGAGGGGAACCUGAGCCGGCCGGCCGUGCAGCUUCUGGGAGACGUGAUGUCCGAGGAUGGCUUCUUCUAUCUCAGCUUUGCGGAGGCCCUUCGGGCCCACAGCUGCCUCAGCGACAGGCUCCAGUACAGCCGCAUCGUGGGUGGCUGGGACCUGCUGCCACGCGCGUUGCUGAGCUCGCUGUUGGAGCCUGUGCUGUUGAACGCGCCCGUCGUGGCGAUAACCCAGGGGCCGCAUGAUGUGCAAGUGCAGAUCAAGAACUUUCCCCGGGCGCGGAAUCUGAAGGCGCUGAAGGCCGACGUGGUGCUGCUGACCGCGAGCGGGCCGGCGGUGCAGCGCAUCACCUUCUCGCCGCCGCUUCCCCGCCACAUGCAGGAGGCGCUGCGGGGACUGCACUACGUGCCGGCCACCAAGGUGUUCUUGAGCUUCCGCAGGCCCUUCUGGCGCGAGGAGGACAUCGAGGGCGGCCACUCGAACACAGACCGCCCGUCGCGCAUGAUUUUCUACCCGCCGCCGCGCGAGGGCGCGCUGCUGCUGGCCUCGUACACGUGGUCGGACGCGGCCGCGGCGUUCGCCGGCCUGAGCCAGGAAGAGGCGCUGCGCGUGGCGCUGGAAGACGUGGCUGCGCUGCACGGGCCGUUCGUGCGCCAGCUCUGGGACGGCACCGGCGUCGUCAAGCGCUGGGCCGAGGACCCGCACAGCCAGGGUGGCUUCGUGGUGCAGCCGCCGGCGCUCUGGCAAACCGAAAAGGACUACGGGCCGUACGACUGGUCUGUCCCUUAUGGCCGCAUCUACUUCGCCGGCGAGCACACUGCCUACCCGCACGGCUGGGUGGAGACGGCGGUCAAGUCGGCGCUGCGAGCCGCCAUCAAAAUCAACAGCCGGGAGGAGCCUGCAUUCGAGACGGCCAGCGCAGAGGGGCAGAGGCAGAGGCAGGGGCAUGCGCAUGGGGUGGCGGGCAGCCCCUCGUAUGACCUGGCAGAGGAAGAGGGCAGCCACCCUCCAGUCCAAGGCCAGUUACCUCUCCAGCACACUACCUACACGAGGACCUGGCAUUAAAGUAUUUUCGGAAAAA